AUGGCCAAUUCUCCCGACCAUAAAAUAGCCGUGGUCAUCUGCACCGCCUCCUACCACACGCCCGCCCCCUAUGGGCCCUUCAUGGAGGCCCUAACCUCCCACGGCCUCUUCGAGACAUACUGUCCCCAGCGCGCAACCUGCGACCUCAGGAAGCUAAACGUGGGCAACGACCUCCAACAUCCGGACUUCAACCGCGAUCCACCCGCAGGAGGGUAUCCCAACGACCUGGACGAUGUGAAGAUCGUUCACGAGCUACUUGAUAAGCUCAUCAACCAGGAAAACAAACUCGUCCUCCUACUGGGCCAUUCCUCCGGCGGGCUGGUGGCCACCCAAGCGGCCAUCCCCGAGCUACAGUUCAAGAACCGCGGGCCCCAAAAAGGAGGCGUGAUUGGCAUCUUCUAUGUCGCCGGGUUCCUGGUUCCCGUCGGCGAAUCCGUACAUAGUUUCUUCCAGCCUAAGGAUGGCAGUUGGCGCGUUCCCCCUUUUGUUCAGUUCUAUAAAAACGGAAGAGACGGUCUAGCAACCACCGAAGAAACAGCUCAAUACAUGUUCAAGGGCCUGGAUGACCCUCAAGCAGUCGAGAAGUGGACCGCCACGUUGACAGCCUCGCCUGUCAACACUGGAGCCUUGACUAACGAUGCUUACGCCGCUGUUCCGUGUGCUUAUGUGGUCCUUGAUGAGGAUACUUGUCUGCCGCCAGCGUAUCAGGAGAAGAUGAUUGCUAUGCAUGCCCAGCGCGAAAGUGUAAACUUCAAGGUAUAUCAUGCUCCGACGGGGCACUCGCCGCAUCUGAGCUGGAUGGAGGGCUUGGUGAGGACGGUGGUUGAGUUCACGGAGGAGGUGCGACGAGUUUGA